AUGAACUCUAGCUCUUCUGGACCUGAUGGAAGGAGCAUUCCAGGCAACACUAUUGCUGUCCAUGCAGACAUGCCAUUUACUGGUUUGACAACUUUUGGUGGUUCCUUUUUGUCAAAAUUUGAGUGUUCUCAAAUGCCACAUCCAUUGCUUGAACAUAUUACAUUCGUGGACACUCCUGGAGUUUUAUCUGGUGAAAAGCAACGGACUCAAAGAAGCUAUGAUUUCACAGGUGUCAUAUCUUGGUUUGCUGCAAAAUGUGAUAUGAUUCUCCUUCUAUUUGAUCCCCACAAACUUGACAUCAGUGAUGAAUUCAAACGUGUCAUUUCAUCUUUACGUGGCCACGAUGACAAGAUACGUGUUGUCUUAAACAAGGCAGAUCAAGUUGAUACUCAACAAUUGAUGAGAGUUUAUGGUGCACUAAUGUGGUCGCUUGGAAAAGUUUUGAACACUCCAGAGGUAGCGCGUGUCUAUAUAGGAUCAUUUAAUGACAAGCCAGUUAAUGAAGCAGUGCUUGGACCUAUAGGGAAGGAUCUUUUUGAGAAAGAACAAGACGACCUUCUUGUAGAUUUGAUGGACAUUCCAAAGAAGGCUUGUGAUCGCCGGAUCAAUGAAUUUGUUAAACGUGCAAGAGCUGCCAAGAUCCAUGCCUACAUAAUUAGCCAUCUCAAAAGGGAAAUGCCAUCUUUUAUGGGCAAAUCCAAAACUCAGAAGCGACUUAUGGAUAAUCUCGAAGAUGUAUUUGCAAAGGUCCAGAGAGAACAUCAUCUACCAGCAGGUGACUUCCCAAGUGUGGAGAACUUCAGGGAGGUUCUGAGUCGUUAUAACAUUGAGGAGUUUGAGAAAUUGAAGCCUAAAAUGAUUCAGGCUGUUGAUGACAUGCUGGGACACGACAUCCCGCAGCUUCUAAAAAAUAUUAGAAAUCUGUACGACUAGAAAGAGGUACAAUAUAGCUCUCUCUUCAAGAAUGCUUGAAGUUUGAAAGUAUGCAGCAUUUCCAUUUUGUGCAUGAUAAGAACGAUUGUAUGCCCUUUUUCUUACGUUCAAUGGAUUGAAAUUCUUUGUUUUUA